AUGUCCUUCUUACGGGCCACCAGCAGACUCUCAUCCGUAGCCCGUAGCAUCGUGCCUCGCCGGGCAGCAUCGUCGGUAGCUGAAAUCGAGACACGAUGGGUCAAACUGCCUGAAUGUGAACAGGGUGUCAUUGCCGACUCGCUCGCUGCUGCACAGAAGGGCGACUGGAAGAAAAUGACACUAGAACAAAAGAGAGCUGCUUACUUUGUCGCUUACGGUCCAUAUGGUGCCCGAACACCUAUUGAUCCUUCCCUCAACUGGAGAGUCACCGGAUGGGUCGCCGUGCUUUUGGCAUUGGCCAUUGGUGGUUGGCAAUACUCUGUCGUCUUCCGUCCAAAAUUGCGCACCCACACUCCAGAAUGGGCCGAAGCUACCAAACAAAAGGCUAUCGAGGCAAAACAAAAUCCAUUCUCGGGUUACUAUGCAAAGGAACGAAAGGAGAAGGGAGAAUAA